AUGCGGGCGCUGCAGGACCAGAUCACCGCCACGGUGCAGCCCGUCAUCGAGGCCGCCACGCCAGGCUCCGGCGCCUACAUGAAUGAGGCUGACUUCCAGCGGCCUCACUUCCAGGAGGCAUUCUACGGCAGCAACUACGGCCGGCUGCGGGCCAUCAAGAACGUGCUUGAUCCCGACGGCCUGCUGUACGGACACACGGCCGUCGGUAGCGAGAUGUGGACGGUGGCCGAGGACGGCCGCAUGUGCAAGACAUUGUAG